AAGCUUACCAUUUUCACAAAUCUCGACACCGCGCUCGUGGAAUUUACCCAAUAAUCGCUACAUAAUAGGCGGGCGAACUUAAGCCUUGACCUCUGAAAAGAGUGUUUUCCCGAAAGUUGCGCGGAAAAGAUAGCUUCUAGACAUUUGAUUACUGACGGUGUAGGAACAUGCUUCACUCCUACCCUUCAACCGCUUUUGGUUUCUUGGUUGCGAGUCGACGACGUUCAUAGCUCUUUUCUCGUUUGGAUCGACCAUAUACUUGAUCUUGACCGACCCCUCUCGCCUUCCGUCCUUAACUAUCACGAUUACUCUCGAUCCAGCUUACAUACCUACAACUACCUCCACAAUGUCGACUCCGAUGCGUCACGGCCCUUCCCAACAGGGUCGUACGCCCUCACAACACCCCGCAGCAGCUCCCACACCUCAAGCUUCGACUCCCUUCUCGAAUUCACAGACCGCUACAGCUUUCUCUCCACAUGGCCCGAAAUCGUCGCCCCAGCAUUUCAAGAAAUCGCCAGCAGCUAAUGCUAUGAUGGCUCAUACGACUGCUAGCUUCGAUAGUCCCUCUGCUGCCGCCGCUUAUAAUACCCUCGGCAUGUCUAUCAACGAUCUUAACUUGGAUAACAUAAGCGUUGGAGGUUUAGUCGCCGCGGCGGGACGAACGGAUGAGGAAGAUCGUAAAAAGAGGAUGGAGGCUGUAAUAGCUGCUCUAUGGGCCCAGAACAGUAGCAGGGUUAGUAACCAAGGGCUCGAGCGACUAGCUAUUCACCUUGGCCUCGAGUGUUUAUGGGAAGAUGUCAAAGGUACCGGCGACAAUGCUAAAACUUUGAUCAUAGCGGGACAAACUAUGGCUGUCGAAGUCGGCAUCACAAAUCACAUAGUACACCAAGCUUCGCUCGCGUACAGCGAGUCUUUGCCGAGUCUCGACAAACAUGUUGAUAGGGCAUCGGCUAUUCUCCUUAAAGAUCUUUCUCUAGCUCCCGGCCAAAGUCCUCUUACCAAGCGAUUAACACAAUUCCGAGCGAAUCUGGAAAGGUUGGGUACUCUUGACAAGCUAAGUGUCUCGCCAGGUCUUAAUUGCCACGAAGCCAUAGCGGGCAUCUGGGAAAGCCUGGAUAGAGUGCAUAGGUGGGAUGUACAGAAGCUUCGUAACGAGGACCCGUCCCUCGCUAAUAUGUCGGAUGAAAGGUUGAGGGUCUUCGCUCUUUGUCUUCGACACGGAUGCCCUCUCAUGCAUACGCGGGGUCGAGUUGGCCUAAGUCUCGACUACUGGAAGGAGAGAAGAAAGCUCCCUUCUACCACAGUAGAUACCGAAGAUGCUAGAACUUGGGGAAUUCUGAUUGAAUGCGCAGCUGCUUCUGGGAUGGUAUAUCACCCCGUGCGAGUCUCGGAUAAGUGGAUUGGACCCGAUAUCGAGAAGUCUAACCUCACGGACGAGGAGAUGAUGUCGACGACUGCGCCGAUUUUAGAUUGGUUAGAGCCGGAUAAUACCCUCUUACCGGCUACGGAGACGAAAACGGAAUCCGGGCUCGAGGGUGCAGUGGGUUUGUCGGGUCCUAAAACUCCUGAGGUCAUGUUUAUUGCGACUUUCGAUCCUCCCGUCGUGGUUCCUCACGCUGUCGCGAUGGAGAUAUACAAGAUCUCUGCAGCAAAUACGCCGUUGUCAAAUAUUACGUUCGAUGCCCUAAUGUUCCCUAUUGUGGACGGCAGCUCGUACGACCCUAGCGAACCUCGCGAAGUCACAUUUACCCAAUCAGUUCCUACCUUUGCGGAUAAUCUUCAAGGUGGAAACCAAACAGAACCCAUCUUGAAGUCACAUUGCAACACCCUAUUCAUAUACAAGCCAGUCUACGGACAGGUCCUCAACCAGGUACCUUUCGCGCAUCCGAAAGAGCUGGUUUCGAUGCUACCUAUGCUCCGCCAAUACGCAUUCCUAUCUCUACUACUUACCAAUAGCCUCAAGCCCCGGGAAGGCAGACCCACUGCCAAAGACACUGACACCAACAAUACGACCCGGGUUCCCUACACAAGUGAAGACGAAUUCACCAAUUUUAUGUCUCUAACGGGAACUUCUACCACGCCCAAACCUCUAAAAGUAGACAUCACACUAACAGCACACCCGGUUCCUCGUCUGCUGCUGGUAUUCCCGUUUAGAUCAUACACAGCGAACAUCAUGCUUGAGAUCCAAAUCGGAGGUAGAGUCCAGAUCGUCUCGGAUAAUAUUUUCCAAGAAGAUCAUAGAUUCCUCAGAGAUGAUCCGUCGCAGCGUAAGAGAAAUCGUGCCGAUUGGGCGGCCGCGCUGGAGACACUGGAGGACUUGGGUGCGUGGAUUGAAGUUAUUAAACAUAAGCUGGAAGGUUGAGUGUGGUGGUGGAGUUGUGAGUUGUGAUGGUGCGGUGAUUUUACGAGUGCAUGGUUAUGAUACCCCCCUUUUCUACGUCUUGGGCUCUAGGGAAAUAAAGAGUUCUAUUAUAAGUAGUGGUGGUAGUAAUGCCUAGAUAGUAGGGGUUUAGACGUCGAGAUAAUAAACUGCAAAAAAAAAUGAAUGAGUUGCGCAUUUUGUGA